AUGGCCGACCUCGACGUCGACGAUUACUAUAGCGAUGACUUGGACGAUUACUACAGCCAUGGCCUGGAAGAUUACUACGGUGAUGGCGUGCUUGAAGACGGCGACGAUAAUUGUGGUUGGGAGGCGGCUCACGAGCCAGUGGACGGCACCGGCGACGACGAUGAUUGUGGUUUGCACGAGGAUCAGGAGAUGGAGAACGUUGGGUCGGCGAUGGAGAAGGCGUACGUCGUGCUAACCGAGGACGGUGUACGCGCGCGACAGGAGGAGGACGUAGCCAUGGUCUGCGAGGUGCUCUCGGUCCCGCCGGGCUUCGCCGCCGUCCUCCUCCGCCACUUCAAGUGGAGCCCCGAUCUGCUCCAGGAGGCGUGGUUCUUGGACGAGUGGCGGGUACGCGACGCCGUCGGGUUGCCGCCGGGCGGCGCCGCGCCAAUGCUGGAUAACAGCCGGCGGCCGCUCACCUGCGCCAUCUGCUGCGACCAGUUCUUCGCCGGCUGGAUGAGGUCGGCCGGGUGCUCCCACUUCUACUGCGUCGAGUGCUGGCGUGGGUACGUCCGCGCGGCGGUCGUCGACGGCCCGCGGUGCCUGUCGCUCCGGUGCCCGGACCCGUCCUGCUCGGUGGCCGUCGUGCGGGAGCUGGUCGACGCUGUCGCCAGCAGAAAGGACAAGGAGUGGUACGCGACGUUUGCGCUCCGGUCGUACGUGGAGGAGAGCACCCGGCUCAAGUGGUGCCCUGGUCCCGAGUGCACCGUCGCCGUAGAGUUCAUCGGCGGCGGCGGCGGCGAGGACAUGCAGGACGACGUGGAGUGCACGCACGGGCACGAGUUCUGCUGGCGGUGCGGCGAGGAGGCGCACCGGCCGGUGUCGUGCGAGACGGUGCGGGCGUGGACGGAGAAGAACGCCCUGGAGUCCAAGACGGCGAGCUGGGUGCUGGAGAACGUGAAGCACUGCCCUCGUUGCCGGCUGCCGAUCGAGAAGAACCAGGGCUGCAUGCACAUGACGUGCCGGCCGCCAUGCCGCCACGAAUUCUGCUGGCUCUGCCUCCGCCCGUGGGACCAGCACAAGACCGGCGAGAGCGUGUUCGGCUGCAACGUGUACAACCAGGCCAAGGCCGCCGGCGAGGUCAGCCUCGAAGAGGAGCAGCGCAAGCAGGCCAUGGCGUCGCAGGACAGGUACCUCCACUUCUACGAGCGGUGGGCGGCGCACGGCAAGGCGCGCCAAAGAGCGGUGGACGACAUGGCCGACCUCGAGAGCCGCUUAGAGGAGCUGUUCGCCCUGACGGGCGUGCCGGUGACAGACUUAGGCUUCCUGCCGGAGGCGUACCAGCAGAUCGCCGAGUGCCGGCGGCUGCUCCGGUGGACGUACGCCUACGGGUACUACCACCUGGGCACCGGGCGCGACGCCGACGAGGAGCGCCGCACCAUGGUGGAGUGCGCGCAGGGCGAGGCCGAGCGGCAGCUGGAGAGGCUUCACGAGUGCGCGGAGCACGAGAGGGAGGAGCUCGUGGCCACGGUGAUGAAAAUGAACGCGCCGUCCAAGCAGGUCCGGACUGCCGAGCUGGAGCCGGAGGAGGAGUUGCGGAAGAAGCAGCAGCACAAGGGCGCCGAGAUGGUCAUGGCCUACCGGCAAAAGCUCGCCGGCCUCACCGGCGUCACCAAGACCUUCUUCCGUAACCUCGUCAGAGCAUUCCAGGACGGCCUGUCGGAGGCGGGACCUGCUGCCGCCGAUGCAAAUCCGGCACUGAGCUCCGGCGACCCCUGCUGA